UUAUUAUAUGUGAAUAAAAUCGUGACAAGGAGAAUGUUGUUCCUCCCUUGCUUUUUCAAAAAUGCUAAAGUACUAGAAGAAAAUCGUGAAGUUGCUCAUGAUGAAGUGAACACUUCUCAUGCUUGCAGCUCCAACAACAUAAGUUGCAUGGAAAAAGGAAUUACUAGUCAUGAUCACGACGAGGUAUUAGGAAAAAUCUCCAAUAUUCGUCGAAUAACGUUCGUAUCAUACCUGAGAUGGGUUUAUUUGGAUCAAUCCAAUGUAUACAGAGCUUGUUUCUCUUGGUUGGUGUUCUUCUCAAUGGCCUUUGUUUUUCCGGUUAUGUCACACUUCCUACUUCACUGUCCCACAACAUGCGAUGCUGAUCAUACACGACCAUACUACAUGCCGGCACAGGUUUCUCUCUCUUUGUUAGCUACACUCUCCUUUCUCUGCCUCUCUAGAUGGGAUAGUCAAUAUGGUUGGAGCGCGUUUCUCUUCCUUGAUAAACUUAACCAUGAUAGCCUCAAGAUUCAACAACAGAUGCAGGCCACCAAGAAGCUCAUCUUACAUUGGGGGCUUCCCUGUUUCUUAAUUCAAUGUGCUCACAAGAUAUGGUGGUAUGUCUCAGGUUUACACCAAAUACCAUUUUAUGGUGAAAGAUACACUAGCAGCAUCAUUCUAUGUGCAUUGGACCUGAGUUCUUGGCUUUAUCGAACCUCCAUUUUCUUCCUUGUGUGUGUCCUCUUUCGACUCAUCUGUAACCUGCAAAUUCUCAGACUAGAUGAUUUAGCUUCACUUUUUCAAAGAGAAAUUAAGGUAGAGUCCAUUUUGUCGGAGCACCGAAGAAUAAGUAAAAAUCUGCGGAUCAUCAGCCAUCGUUUUCGAUGUUUUAUUUUGGCUUCUCUGCUUUUGGUCACAGCAAUCCAGUUCAAUUUUCUGCUCAUGGCUACAAAACCUCACGCUGAUGUCAAUGUUCUCAAAGCUGGAAAUCUUGCGAUAGUCUCUAUCACCCUGCUUAGUGGACUUUUCAUACUCUUGCGAAGUGCAACCAAGAUUACACAUAAAGCACAAUCCAUCACAGCCCUUGCAGCUAAGUGGCAUAUCCAUGUCACCAUAAACUCGUUUGACAACAUUGAUGGAGAGUCACAUACAGAUUCAACAGAAACUACAGUUUCCAAUACUAGUUUGGGAAUAAUGGAUGAUGAGGAAGGAGAUGAAGAGGAUGAGUUGGAUAACACAAAAUUGCUACCAAUUUACACACAUGACAUCUCAUUUCAAAAGAGGCAGGCUCUAGUGACAUACAUGGAGAACAAUAGAGCUGGAAUCUCAGUGUUUGGAUUCAUGCUUGAUAGAACUUGUCUUUACUCCAUUUUUCCUGUUGAAAUGGCUCUUUGCCUUUGGCUGCUUAACAAGACAAUCGGAAUAUAGAGUCGGAAAGGAACUGCUAUGAGUUAUGGUCAUGCUACCCUGCUCAUUGUAUAUAUUGAAUACUCUUCAGUUAAUUGGGGUCUAAUAGUUGUUGUUAUGAUCUACGAAAUGAAAACAUAAGCGUCUGCUUUACAUAUUCCUGAGGUUGUUAGAGUGCUUUUAGAUUCUAAAAGCUCAUUUUAUGGGCACAAUAUGAUAAUGAAUGAGAGACUAAAGAGUAUAAUAGGAUAUAAACAUGUUAAGCCCUUAUCCUAUCAAAUAUUUAAUAUGUACAAUUAUUAAGCCAGUAAGCCGAUAUCACAUUUUGUUAUGUUUAUUGUAGCGCUGUAAUCAAUUUGUAAAAUCUCAUCAGUUUACAAUUUCAAGUAAAGAACUCAAGUGAUAGUAUAUUUGGAUUCAUGUUCAAAA